GACUGAAUGUCACUGAAUAUAUAGCUAUAUUAUUUAUAUCGCGUUACUUAUUCCAAAAUGACAGAUUUUUAUACUCCCUUUUGGUUUUAGGAAGCUUCUCAAAGCCAAAAAAGUGUGCAUAGAAAAAAAAAGGAUCCAUUGACACAAAAAAUCUUUACUCGCCUAAAGAAAAUUUUUACUCACCCCAAUAAAUUUUUUGCAUUGUGAAUUGAAAACAAAAAUUUAUUUAGAGCUAGAAAAAAUUACUUGGUGCAAGGAAUUAUUUCUUAACCAAAAAAAUCUUUUCUCGCCCCAAGACAAUUUUUGUAUUUAAUUGAUAAUGCAUAAAAUUUAUUGGUGCAAAUUAAAAUUUUUUGCUGCAAGAAAUCCUUUUUUUCUGCGUAUUUUAUAAAUUUAGUAGUGAUAUUUGGGAAGUCACGUAGUGACUGCAGGUUGCUCGUUUCUUUCAAGCGAUGUAGUCAUAUCAGAAAAUUAAAAUUUCAAAUUCAUCAAAAACAACCGACAACAAUUUAUUGUUCAAAAUUUUCUCAUUAAUUAUUUUAAUUUUAUGGACAUCUGUAAAUGCUGAUUAUUGUUACUCUAGAAUAAACGCGUUGUCAAUAAACUAAAUAAAUUUUACAUAUAGUAUGCAAAAUAAUACUUGAGUCACGCGGGAUAGAAGAAAAAUGAAGUCAAGAAUUUAGCGGCUUGACAUCAAAAAAGAACGACAAAAAAUUUUAACUAUUUGAAAUUAUUUUCGUAGUAAUGCAUCAAUGGGUGAAAAAUUUUCUGAGAUUUCCGGAUGUCAACCGGGUGGCGAAAUCCCAGAACUUCAAUGGAAUGAUGAAUUGACACAAAUCGCACAGAGAUGGAUCAAUUCAGUCAUCAAAAAUCUCGUGAAUUCACUUAUGAUUGUUACCCUCGAUCAUGCAACGGUUCCGAGCACACAAUUUGCAAGUAUACUCUGUUUGAGUUGGGACCGAAAUGCGAUAAAGUACAAUUCAAUUAUUUGACUACUCAUUAUCAAAAAGAAAUUAUUUAUAUUCAUAAUGUACUGCGCGCUUUGACAGUAAUAAGUGAUAAGGAAUCGGAAAUAAAUUCAACUAUUCGUAUUGCGCAAUACAAAUGGAAUAAUGAAUUAGCUGAAGUCGCUCAAAGAUGGGCCAAUCAGUGUGAUCCUGGUAAUGAUGAAUGUCGAGAUGUUGAUAAUUUCAAAGUUGGUCAAAAAUUUGAAAACAUAAAAGACAAAAAUAUAAAAAAAUUUGAAAUGUACGAUUUAAUAAAAAAUUGGUUUUAUGUUGAUAUAAAUGAUUAUCAGGGAGAUAAAUUUUAUGGUCAAGCAGCACCCAUGUCAGUUAAUAAUCACACAGUUAUUUGGGACAAUGUUAUGCUUAUAGGCUGCGGAAUCAUUAAAUUUUCCGAUAGUAAUGAUUUGUACAACACUUAUUUGGUGUGCAAUUAUCGUCCGGAUGAAUAAUUCACCGAAUAAUACUCUGGCAUUAUCAAAUAUUUAACGAAAUAUUUAACAAUAAAUUCGAAGCUUCCUGUAUUUUAUAUUUUUUUGAAUAUCAGUUUGAAAAAAAAUUUUUUAAAUUCAAAAAUGUCUUAAGUAAAUUCCAGGACUCACUUUAUUAUAA